CUUCCUGAGUCUCUGCUGACAGUAGUAUGUGAAUCAUUAUCUCUUUCUCCUUCUUGUAGAAAGACACGGGCUCAGCUCCACAGACAAACUAAGCAGUGGACUUUUAGUGGACUGAGAAGGUAGAGCAGAGGGGAGGGAGCUGGGUAAAUAAGCCUCCAGUGGAUCAGCCCUAAUGCCCUGAGUGAGAGGAAGGAAGGAAGAGCUGGCACCUGGCCAGGCAGCAUAGAGGAAUGAGCCAGCUGGGCAGCCCCGCUCCUGUGACAGUCCUCGGAGUGUGUGAUCAGUGCAGGGCACAUGUCAGCCCGAUCCCCAACAUCCCCGAUGUGUCUGCAAUGUGAGCAGUCAGUGAAGCCGAUGUGAGAGCUGCGAUUGGUCGGAAUUGCCCAGUGCUGGAAGAUCGGAAAGUUUCCUGUGUCAGCUGUCAGUGUGUGGACUUCCCUCCGUGCUAGGGGCAGCAGGAUGCCAGUGCUGGAUCGAUGCUUCCUCGAGGUGGGCAGGAGCUGGAGGACAGGUGAGGUCCUUCUACCCACUUACAUGGGGACUCUGCCAACCUACCGCUCGGGGAGUCUGAGCUGCGAGCUGCCGGAGAUCAUAGAGAUGGUGAAGCUCCUCUGGAAGUCCAAGAACGAGCUACAGACUGUCAUUCAAAAGGAGCUGCAGAGCAACGAGGAGGUCCUGGCAUCUCUACCAGGAGAUGCUCGAGUGAGAGGUCCUGCGGGGGUCCUGUCUGAACGCCGUGGAUCGUACCCUUUUAUUGAUUACCGGCUACUGAACAAUACAGCACACUCAGGGGAAAUUGGCACUAAGAAAAAAGUAAAGCGACUUUUGAGCUUUCAGAGAUAUUUUCAUGCAUCAAGGCUUCUACGUGGAAUUGUGCCUCAAGCCUCCCUGCACUUAUUGGAUGAAGACUAUCUUGGUCAAGCACGGCAUAUGCUAUCUAAAGUGGGAAUGUGGAAUUUCGACAUCUUCCUGUUUGACCGCCUGACAAAUGGUAACAGCUUAGUCACAUUGCUGUGUCAUUUAUUUAACGUUCACGGGCUUAUCCAUCAUUUCCAGCUUGACAUGGUGAAGUUGCACAGAUUUCUUGUCAUGGUUCAAGAAGACUACCACAACCAAAACCCAUAUCACAAUGCUGUCCAUGCUGCAGAUGUCACACAAGCUAUGCACUGCUAUUUGAAAGAGCCAAAGCUUGCUAGCUAUCUCACUCCUCUGGAUAUAAUGCUUGGUCUGCUGGCAGCAGCAGCACAUGAUGUGGAUCAUCCAGGCGUAAAUCAGCCAUUUUUGAUAAAAACGAAACAUCAUCUUGCCAGUCUGUACCAGAACACAUCUGUUUUAGAGAACCACCACUGGAGGUCCACUGUUGGUAUGCUAAGAGAAUCAAGAUUAUUAGCACAUCUGUCAAAGGAAAUUACGCAGGAUAUUGAGCAGCAACUGGGCUCCUUAAUAUUAUCAACAGAUAUAAAUCGCCAGAAUGAGUUUCUCGAUCGUUUUAGGGCUCAUCUUGCCAAUGAAGAUCUCACCUUGUCGGAUGCAGACCACAGGCAUUUUAUGUUGCAGAUUGCUCUGAAGUGUGCUGAUAUCUGCAACCCUUGUCGUGUUUGGGAGCUAAGCAAGCAGUGGAGUGAGAGAGUCUGUGAAGAAUUCUACAGACAAGGAGAUCUUGAGCAGAAAUUUGGUUUGGAAAUAAGCCCACUUUGCAAUCAACAAAAAGACCCAAUACCUAAUAUACAAGUUGGCUUCAUAAACUACAUUGCAGAGCCAUUGUUUUUGGAGUGGUCAAGAUUUACUGGACAGACUCCCCUAUCUGAAAAAAUGCUAAGUCACCUCAGGAAGAACAGGGCCAAAUGGAGGAGUCUCAUACACACGCAUUGCAGCAAAGACAAUGACCACCUGCUACCUGUAACCGACCAAGAAGGCCAAGAAGACCAAAAUAUCAGUGAAGGUGGAGCCCUCUAGUGAUCAACUCUUACCUGUAGCAUUGCUGUUAUUUUUCUUGCUGCUUUCAGUGAAGAGGGAUACAUAUGAUGCUCAGAUGGGCUGCUGUUGCUUUUUACAACAGGUUUAAGGAAAGUCAGAAGGAAGCAGAGUAUAGAUAUCUAAGUGCGUUGGUAAUCCAUUGCUCACAGUCUGGUAUACUGCCAUAUCAGCCCUUCCAACAUUUCUGUCUUAUCUCAGUAUGAGCAAGACCAGCAACCCUACUUUCCAAUGAUGAAAUCGACGAUCGAUGGAGCAGGAGGACUCAGAUGUGUGGAUAUCCCUGAAAAAAACCUUUAAAGGCAGAUGGUGUCAUUUGCAGAGUUAUGUAGCAGGGUUGGUACUUUUUACUACUUUUCACAGCUUAUUGCAGCUGCUCCCAUCCUCUAGUGGACCGUCAAUCCAUGUUGCAAGAGGCAAAUACAUCACACUAAACAAGAACCACAGAAAAACACCAGCAUCAACUGGACUUAGAAAAGAUCUGUCUGACAAAGACAACUUUGUAUUGUUGAUACCUAAAGGAUCACAGACAAGAUAUUCUUUUAUUUUUACACUUUGUACUCACUAGAUAAGAGCAAACUAUUUGAUCGAAGCACUACCCACACGAUACUACAAAACUUGUGAACACUUUUACACCACUUUGGAUUAAACAAGUAGAGUGAUCUUAAAAAAAAAAGGUUCACAGAAGACUGUUGGAUGGGCAUGUUUGGCGCUUAACCAAACGUAGCCAACUGUAUCCUUGCUGUGACAGAGGGUUCAUAAAUGUAUUUGCAACAGAUUUAUUGUUGCAUCUGUACAUGUUCUGUAAAUAUUAAGCUACUGACUCCAUGCCAAAUUACUGACGCAUUGUGGUUCUUAUACCCACAUCUUGGCACUGUGAACAGAAAACUGUUACUUUUAACUAUAAAAAUACUUUAGCAUUUGUAAAUAUGAUUCAUAGACUAUUUCUAAAAGAGUGCUCAUUUCCAGAUAAAGGCCUUAAAUUUUAA